GAAAAUAUGUUUGGGGUGGGGGGAGGACAGAACAUUUCAUAAUAUAGCGUUGAUUGAGUUCAAUAUAGGAAUGGGGAAGAAAGUCGGACUAGUUAAACUCAGGUGAGUUGCUGGCAGUGAUACUGCGAUGCUCAUGCAAAUUCAUCAGCAGUGGCUCCGGGAUAAUCUGUGCGGUUGACGCGUGAUCUGCCAAUCAUAUGGCGUCACUGCAUUUCCAGAAGCCGAUGUUUCAACUGCUCCUGCCUCCAAGGGCUUUGAUAAAAGGGAUCGGUUGCCCCCAAACUAAAGAACAGUUCAUCGAAGGCCAAAAAUAGUGCAUCGUUUGUAUGCAGCCUGUCAGUCGGAACAGAGCGUGCGAGCAAUACCCUUUGCAUUGCAGUUCCACCGCACAAGAAGUGGAAUCGGGAGUUUGCACGGAGUUUUCCCCCCCAGAUUUGUUUGCUUCCAUUCAAGAUAGGCGAUAUGGAAUAUGUUUACAUAUUGCUUUCUUUUAUUCCGUUGUUAUUAAAACACAAACUUCACGCAGCAGGAACAGAAGGCGUGCUUUUCGGGAAGCUUACUGAUUACGGGCUGGUGGUGCCGUUUAGUACCGAUGACCGGGGUCGGUAUAUUUCACACAUUGUUUCGACUGGCCACGGUGAGCUUCGGUCUGGGCGGCGCGUUGCACGGAGUAGCCCACAUCAGAGCACAGAACGGGGACUCUACUUCAACGUCACCAUUUUUGGCAGAGAAUUACAUUUGCGGCUGAAACACAACAGCAAGCUGGUUGCUCCCGGUGCCACGGCGGAAUGGCAGGAAGAUUUUCGGCACCUGGUUACCGAACCUAUCCAGGGAGACUGCGUGUUUUCUGGGGAUAUUACUGACAUACCAGGAGCAACCGUGGCACUAAGCAAUUGCGAUGGUUUGGCUGGAUUGAUUCAUGCAGAUAUUGGUGAGUUUUUUAUUGAGCCAUUGGAAAAGGGCCAGAAGGCACAGGAGGAAAAAGGUCGUGUUCAUGUGGUGUAUCGUAGAUCAUCUAUCAAACAAACAGCCCCAAAAGACCUCCAUAUUGAAGCCUUGAAAUUUGGUAUUGGUGAACUUGCAAACUCUUUAGACAUCAUUGAGGAGAAUCUAAGUCAUCCAGCUCGAAAAAGAAGACAUGCAAAGAAAGAUGACUACAACAUUGAAGUUCUGUUGGCAGUAGAUGAUUCUGUUGUCCGCUUCCAUGGAAAACAGCAUGUUCAGAAUUAUGUUCUGACACUAAUGAAUAUUGUUGAUGAAAUCUACCAUGAUGAAUCAUUAGGUACCCACAUCAACAUAGUUUUGGUCAGGAUGAUUAUGGUCGGCUACAGGCAGUCGAUCAGCUUAAUAGAGCAUGGGAAUCCUUCUCGAAGUUUAGAACAAGUUUGCCGGUGGGCUCAUGUUCAACAACGCUCUGAUCCAGAGCACGCGGAGCAUCACGAUCAUGCCAUAUUCCUUACCAGGCAAGAUUUUGGUCCUGCAGGUAUGCAAGGUUAUGCUCCAGUGACAGGCAUGUGCCAUCCACUAAGAAGCUGUACCCUCAACCAUGAAGAUGGAUUCUCUUCUGCAUUUGUUGUAGCCCAUGAAACAGGUCAUGUUUUAGGAAUGGAACAUGAUGGGCAAGGUAAUCGCUGUGCUGAUGAGACAAGUAUGGGCAGCAUCAUGGCACCUUUGGUACAGGCGGCGUUUCACCGUUAUCACUGGUCUCGUUGCAGCAGGCAGGAGCUCAGCCGCUACCUAAAUUCUUAUGAUUGCUUGCUGGAUGACCCAUUUGAACGCAAGUGGCCAAUGCUGCCAGAGCUUCCAGGAAUCAGUUACUCAAUGGAUGAGCAAUGCCGUUUUGAUUUUGGAGCAGGUUACCAAACAUGUACAGCUUUCCGAACUUUUGAUCCCUGCAAGCAAUUAUGGUGCAGCCAUCCUGAUAAUCCUUACUUCUGCAAAACUAAAAAAGGUCCACCACUAGAUGGGACAGAGUGUGCAUCAGGAAAGUGGUGCUUCAAGGGUCACUGUAUUUGGAAGAGUCCAGAUCAGCUGUACAGUCAGGAUGGAAGCUGGGGUUCAUGGACAAGGUUUGGAACAUGCUCAAGGACUUGUGGUGGCGGAAUACGCUUCCGUAGCAGGCAAUGCAACAAUCCUUUCCCUGCCUAUGGUGGCCGAGACUGCCGUGGCCCUGCUUUUCAAUAUAAAGUCUGCAAUUCUGAAGAUUGCUCGGGGCAUUUUAAAGAUUUUCGGGCUCAGCAGUGUCAACAGCGAAACUCGUACUAUCUUCACCAAAAUGUUAAGCAUACCUGGCUGCCUUAUGAGCCUCAAGAUGAGGCUCAAAAAUGUGAACUGAUUUGCAAGUCCAAGGAAACGGGUGAUGUGGUGUUCAUGAAUCAGGUUGUGCACGAUGGUACUCGCUGCAGUUACAAGGAUCCCUUCAGUGUGUGUGCUCGAGGAGAAUGUGUGCUUGUAGGCUGUGACAAAGAAGUAGGUUCUUUUAAACGAGAAGAUAAAUGUGGUGUUUGUGGUGGUGAUAAUGCACAUUGUCGAACUGUUAAAGGGACCAUUGCCAAGACAACCAAACAAAUGAGGAUGUUCAAAAUGUUUGAAAUACCAGCUGGAGCAAGACAUAUUCAGAUAGAAGAAACUGAACUAUCGACAAAUCUAAUUUCUGUGAAGAUUCAAGCAUCUGGUAAUUUCAUUCUCAAUGCCAAAGGUGAAAAUGCAAAGCCAAAGAUAUUUAUCGAAAUGGGUCUGGAAUGGGAGUACUCUGUAGAAACUGACAAGGAAGUCCUUAAAACCAGUGGCCCACUACAUGACAGCAUAAUUAUCUAUAUUACCCCACAAGGUAAAGAUGCUAAAUCAAAUAUGAUGUACAAGUAUAUUAUUCAUGAAGAUCUACUUCCUGUGAUUGGCAACAACAAUGUUCUCCUGGAAGAGACUGAAAGUUAUGAGUGGGCUUUAAAAAGUUGGUCCCAAUGUUCAAAAGCCUGUGGAGGAGGCAUACAAUAUACAAAAUAUGGAUGCAGACGAAAAAAUGAUAGUAAAAUGGUUCAAAGGAAUUUCUGUGAUAACGACAAAAAACCAAAGCCUAUAAGGAGACGUUGCAACCUUCAAGAGUGCACUCAGCCAUCGUGGUUAACAGAGGAAUGGGGACCCUGUAGUAAAACUUGUGGGAAAGUAGGAUACCAAGUAAGAGUUGUACAAUGUAUCCAAUAUCUUAAUGAAGGUGCCAACAAAACAGUGCACACCAAGUACUGCGCGGGAGAACGCCCUGACAAUCGAAGGCCAUGUAACCGCACACCAUGUCCAGGGCUGUGGCGGACAGGAGCUUGGUCUCAGUGUUCUGUGACUUGUGGAGAAGGUUUCCAGCAACGCCAGGUGGUCUGCCGAGGCAGUGAUAACACCAUCAGUCAAUGUGUGGGUGAAAAGCCUGAGAGUGUCCAAGUGUGCAAACUGGCACAGUGCAUUGGAAAAUCUUCUGUUUUCACUCCAAGUAUGGAAACCAUUGUCCAAGUAACUCCACGGGACAACUGGGUGUCACAGCUCGUACCAGAGAAGCCUCUUCAUAAAAUCCUAACAAGGGAGCCAUGUCUUGGUGAUAAAUCAAUUUUCUGUCAGAUGGAGGUUUUGGCUCGAUACUGUUCCAUUCCUGGGUAUCGGAAGUUGUGUUGUGUAUCCUGCAAAGAGAGAAACCCAACUUCACCACCUCCUGUUUCUCAGGCUGCCACAGGAACUGAAAUUUCUAAGGGCACUACCCAUUCUAGUCCCAGCCCAGAAACAACAACAAAGCCAACCCCUCACAACCAUUAUCCAACAUUCAGAGGGACCACUAUAAAGGAUGAGGCUUUGCCAACAAUUCUUACUGUAGCAGACAACACUGAUGGCAGUAAUGCAUUUUCACCCAAGAUAUUUGUCGCAGAGUCUCAGGGAACUACCAAAGGCUUUGAUAGGCUAAAUACUCGCACUUUUGCAAGUACAUUCAGGUUGCCUACUGCUCAACAGGUAACACAACGCACAGAGGAGGACCAUUUUGACUCUUCAACUACCCAUCAGUUGUUUAUAAAUAACGGCAAGACUUUGCCUCGUACAACUACCUGGAGCAAUAGUUGGAGCUCAGCAAGUACAACAAGACAGAGAAGGGAUGAUGGUGAAUCAGAAGCAGAUUUGGCCAACAGAAUCUCACCCAUCACAACAUGAACUUCCAAUUCAACAACACUGCUUUGCAUUAAAAUAAACUCUGGUUUUCCAGUAUCUUCUCAGUGCUAACACAUAGCACUCAUGAAUUGCUUAAUACUCUCGCUCAACUGAAGGAGACUUCAGCCAGUUUCAUUUUAAGCUGCAGUUAAAGGUGUGCUGGGAUCAGUAGUUUUAGACCAUCUUCGUUCAAGUUACUGAUGAUUGUACAGAUACUGUAAAAGGUAACAACCACCUCAUGGCAAAGGUCAGCGUCUUUGGAUACAAAAUUAGGUUGAUUUAAUAUAAAGAUACUACAUUGAGCAUUUUCAAUAUGCAAUGAACACUUUAGUCAACAGAUUCAUUCUGACAGCAUCAUUGAAACAAAAGAUCUCACAUUUAUGGAAUGACUGCUUCUCAUAAAGAAUGAUGCAAUUUAAAAUUUCUUCGAGACUUUUGUGAUAAUGUUGUGAUAAUUAAAUGAUAAACUUUUAUCCAUAUUGUAUAUAAUGUAAAUGUUAGCAUCUUAAAAGUUAAUAGGCUUAUAAUAUGCAAGUAAAUGAUGGUUGUUUUGUUAAUUUAGAUGUUGCUUGUACAGAUCUGCCUUUACUGCUGUUUGGCACAUCAUUCAUUACAGAGUACAUACAUUUACAUUCUUUUUGCAUUUGUAUAGUUCCUGUACAUAAAUGAAUUAAGAGCUUUUAAUUUUAAUAUUUAUUGAAUGGAAAAGAAAUCUCAGUUUUUCAUUUUUGAAAGAAUUUAUUAAUGCUGGCCUCCAUAUCCCCUCAUUUGUAUCAUCAUUUCCUUGUAUUGAAAGGAGGUUCAAACAGUUUAAUAUUAAUUUAUGGAGCAACUGGAUAUUGCCAGUGCAAAGUGUAUUUCCACAUAACGGUCAAUGCAUUCUCAUUCGAUGAUGUAGAAGUGAUUUUUUUUAAAGUCUACACUCUUUAAAUUUUAGAUGCUUUAAAGUUGUUGCAUGUAAAAUUUUAAACGGGUUUUCAGGUCUUGUACAUUCUUGUAUAAAAUCUAAACAUGCAGCCUAUUAUCCGUGCAAUGGCUGAACCAAACUGUGAAAAUAUUAGUCUAUCAUGAGCAUGUGAACAGUGUUUAAACUCUACAAAUAUUAUCUGACCUCAUGAAAAACAGUUUUUUGGAACUGGAUUAAUGAAAACCAAAAUAGACUACAGACUGAAUGUAUGUAAGACCUAGAACUGGUGCUGUGCAUGACUGACCUCCCACUAUUAAUUGUUUAAGUGUAAAUGCAGUUAAUUGCAUUAGUAAUAACUUUUUGUAUCAGUGUAUUCUUCAAAGUAACUGAGAACUGUUGGAAAACACAGUACACUUAGCACUUAGUGAGUUGUUUAAUUCUUCUACUCACUCCCAACACUUAAAUCAUGAUUGUGUUUUUGAACAUUGUAUUUGAUUAGCAACUAACACAAAAUAUGCAAAAAUAAUAGAUUCCUUGCAUUCUUAAAUCACUGUUUAGUUUACUGAUAGA